UUUGAAAAUCUUGAAAAUAGAACUAACUCUUAGAGAGCAUUAUAAACAAGAAUUGCAGAUAGAGCUACUGGUCUCAAUUAUAUAAUUAUUAUAGCAUAGUUGACUGUUACCACAUAAUGCUAAUGGCCAUGUUAUGGAGAAGUGCCAGGAUGGAGAAGUGGACAAUAACACUUAUAGGAAGCCAACAAUCAAACAAGACUAAACUAUAUAAAAGUUAGUUGUGCGGCCACAUUGUGUAGUAAUCGUGUUACAGCUAAAACCAGCCAUGGAGUUAGAGAGGAAUUUCACAAAGAUGUUACCGCAGUUUGAGAACGAGAUGCAAUAUAAUGGUUAUAACCUAACAACAGAUGUGACAUUGUUCUCAUCGCCCAUGAACUUGACGUGCAAGUUGCCAUCCUAUUUGGGACAGCCAGGCUAUAACUGGCCCGCACUCGGAUUAUUUGCCUUUGUCAUACUAGCCUUGUUUGGAAACACGAUGGUCUGCUUGGCGGUGAAGCAAGAGAAAAAGUUACGAAAUAUGUUCAAUUAUUUUCUCAUCUCGUUGGCCUUGAAUGACAUGAUGUCUGCAACAUUGGUACUCCCUCUAUCAAUAAUAAAGACAGUCACAGGAUGUCUCCCAGUUCCCAAGAUGGUCUGUAUCACAUGGUAUAGCCUAGAUGUAAUGUUCACGUCCUCAACUAUAAUCCACCUGUGUAUGAUCUCAAUAGAUCGCUAUCGGACGUUCAAAGACCCCUUAGUAUAUGGUCUCCAACGCACUAAACGCAACACAGCUUUAAAAAUAAUAUUGGUCUGGAUAGUUGCGAUUUGCAUCGCAGGCCCCUUGUUCAUUCUCUCAAUGCUUGAUACACAUAUGGAUGAAAUGUAUUAUAAGGGAUGCGGUCCAGAGACACCGACUUUCGUCAUAUCAGCGACUGUGUCGUCAUUCUACCUUCCGCUGCUCAUCAUGACUAUUAUGUAUGUUUUAACUGUGAGAGAACUCUACAAGACACGCGGAAAGUCCAGAUAUACUCCCGCCCCUGAAGUUUGUAUAUCAGAGCCCCCUGGGAGCAAUGGGGAAAAACACAGAUUAAACCGCUCACCCAGUCAAGUAUCGAACAUGUCCUAUAUGUUUUACAAAGUGAAAGAUACGUUCAUGGAGAAGCGUAAUUCGAUGUUUGACUUAACAAGUGAGAGGAGACUAAGUGUCGGUAAAUACAAUAAAGACGCUUCUGCCAAGCGAAGUUCCAUACAACUUGAGCUAACUAAUGGAAAUAGAACAUUCAGUGCGUCAAGAUCAGACAUAGAUCUUUGCCUUGAAAAUACACACGCUUUAAGGUCGUGUCAAAGUUCACUUGGGAUAAACCACGAUAUUGACAAUAAUGUGAAAAAGAGCCGGUCCAAUCCCGAGGAUACAGGCAGUGUUCCAGGGAGCCCAUAUAGGCGUAACCUAGGCGACGAAUGGAAAGAGACAUCUAUAGGGAAUGGCAAUAACUAUCACCGCAUUCCGAGAGAUCGCCCAACUAAUUCUUCAACCAGGAGUCAAAGUAACGCCGACGCAAAAGCUCGGAAAGCUGUACAAGUUCUUGGCAUAUUAUUUGCAGUGUUUGUGAUAUUCUUCCUGCCUUUCUUCUUGGCAUACACAACAAUGAGUCUCUGCGUCCAAUGCCGACAAUAUAUCACACCCACAAUGGUGACAAUUUUCGAAUUCCUGGCCUACUCAGCCAGCAUGAUAAACCCAGUUAUAUACCAUAUAUUCAAUCCCGACUUUCGAAGAGCAUUUUAUAAAAUUCUACGCUGCAAAAAAGUACGAAGGACUUAUAAUGUAAGUUCAUAUAGUAAAAAUAGUUUACAUAAAACAUCCAGUGUCUAGCAUAGUCCUCACUUCUUCACUGGGUGGCUCAAGAUAAUGAAAACGUAAAAAGUUAGAACUAAAAGGAUUUCAAUGUAAAAUAUAUAUAAAAAUUGUCUUUGGUAUAUCUAGCCAUGCUUUAGCUUCAGAUAUGAAAUGUACAUGUAGGCACUAAGGAA